AAUCGACUUAUGGAACGCGGCCGCCACUUCAAGCUCAGCAGCUUACCCAAUGUCAGUUUCUGAUACUAGAUAAGAACAUUGACCCCCUUAUCUCAUUGAAGUGAUAAACAUCCGAUUGGACGCAUGGGUCCAUUGCCAACUGUGUGCAUACGAGAAGACGUCUUGGAGUUUUAGGUACAAAAGACACCUGGGGCUCUCCCCACAAUUGCGACCUGCACCUACACCAACCCAUAUCUUUAGAUUAGACCACAUCAUCAUGGCCUCUACAACACCCCAGGCUACAGCGAUGUCCAAAAGGGCGCAGAAUGCGAUCGAUGCCGCCGGCAAGAACAGCGUCAUGUGGGACGUAAUGAGAGACGUCUGGUGCGAGACGACCAACCCAGGCGGGUACGUGAACGUCGGUGUCGCGGAGAACUCGCUGAUGCACGACACUCUGCUGGAAUACCUCAAUCGCAAACUCGAGCUGCCGGCCAAAUACCUCACCUACAACGACGGCGGCAGCGGCUCCGCCCGACUCCGCAACGCCAUGUCCGCCUUCAUCAACCGGCACUUCCACCCUGCUGUCCCCGUAGAGGCCGAUCACCUGGUCGUCACGAACGGAGUUUCGCCGGCCAUCGAACAUGUCGCCUGGGCGUUCACGGACCCAGGAGAGGGGAUCCUCCUCGGCCGGCCAUUCUACGGGACAUUCGUCCCCGAUCUCUCGCUCCGCUUCGGCGCCUCGGUGGUGCAAGUCGCUUUCGACGACUGCGACCCAUUCAGUCUCGACGCCGUCGACAAGUACGAGCAGGCCAUGCUCAAAUUCCACGUCGAAACGGGCCGAAAAGUUAAGGCGCUGAUGCUCUGCCACCCGCACAACCCACUCGGACGGUGCUACCCGCGCCACGUACUGGUGGCGCUGAUGAAGCUGUGCCAGAAGUACCAGAUGCACUUUAUCAGCGACGAGAUCUACGCCCUGUCCGUGUGGAAGAACACCGUCGACCAGACGGCGUCGCCUGUGGCCUUUGAAUCCGCUCUCUCCGUCGACCUCGCCGGUAUUAUCGAUUCGAACCUCGUUCACGUGCUUUGGGGCAUGAGUAAAGACUUUGGCGCCAACGGGCUCCGACUGGGUGUGAUCAUCUCCCAGUUCAACCGGGAUAUGCACGUGGCAAUGGGUGGCGUGUCCCUGUACUCGUACACUUCCGGAACGGCCGACCAUCUGGCGUCGCUGAUGUUCGAGGACGCCGAGUUUACGGACAAGUACAUCGCUGAAAACCAAGAGAAGCUGUCCACGACGUAUACGUAUGCUGCCCGACGUUUGAAGGAAUUGGGAAUUGAGUAUGCACCCGGCUGCAAUGCCGCUUUCUUCCUGUGGGUGAACCUGGGGAAGCGCUUUGUCGAACUACAUCCGGAAGAGAAGGGCAGCGAGGUAGGGGAUAAGGUCAUGCAGCGAUUGCUGCAGAAGAAGGUGUUUCUCGCCAGUGGGGCGUUGUUCGGGUCCGAGAGAGACGGCUGGUUCAGGGUUGUCUUUACGCAUCCAGUGGAGUUCUUGGAGACGGCUUUUGGGAGGAUUGUUGCUGCUUUGGAGUAGCGUAUACUAGAGUUACAAC